AAUCCGCCGCAGAAGUAAUCACCAACUCGAAACCUAAGCAUAACCGUUAAUACCAAAGUUUGCUACAUAAGCUUAACGUAUUUAAGUUACCUGCAUUGUCAACUUUGGAAAUAGUUGGUGUUGUUCAUUGUUGACGAGAAGAGUUAUUUAGUUUUGUUCCUUUUAAGUUUACCUUGGCGUAGGAAUAUAACACUUUGCGCCCGACAUUAGCAGUCUUUUCCGUUUAGCGAACGCGGAGUGAAUCAUGUCCGUACAGAAUACAAGAAAUGAAGAUUGGGAUAAAAAUGGCCCAGCUUCAGAAGGUGAACCCAAAGCUUACGAUGGUCCAGCUGGAAUGGACCCAGAAGGCAUCAUUGAGUCGAACUGGGAAGAAGUUGUUGACAACUUUGAUGACAUGAACCUGAAAGAGGAACUCUUGAGAGGUAUCUAUGCAUACGGUUUUGAAAAACCUUCCGCUAUCCAGCAAAGAGCUAUUAUUCCCUGCAUUAAGGGUCAUGAUGUCAUUGCCCAAGCCCAGUCUGGUACUGGUAAAACGGCCACCUUUUCCAUUUCCAUCCUCCAGCAAAUCGACACCUAUGUGAGGGAAUGCCAGGCUCUUAUCUUGGCCCCCACAAGAGAAUUGGCCCAACAAAUCCAAAAGGUUGUCAUUGCUUUGGGAGACUUCAUGUCCGCGCAAUGCCACGCCUGCAUCGGCGGCACGAAUGUCAGGGAAGACAUGAGGAAAUUAGAGACUGGAGUGCACGUGGUGGUGGGAACCCCCGGCAGGGUGUUCGACAUGAUAACGCGAAGGGCGCUGCGCACGAGCCACAUCAAGAUGUUCGUUCUCGACGAGGCCGACGAGAUGUUAUCGAGAGGUUUCAAAGACCAGAUUCACGACGUUUUUAGAACGCUAAACUCGGACGUGCAGGUGAUCCUGCUGUCCGCCACUAUGCCGCAGGACGUGCUCGACGUCACCAAGUCGUUCAUGAGGAACCCGAUCCGUAUCUUAGUCAAGAAGGAGGAGCUCACCUUGGAGGGUAUCAAGCAGUUCUUCGUGUUCGUCGAGCGUGAAGAUUGGAAGUUGGAGACUUUGUGCGAUUUAUACGACACGCUGUCGAUCACGCAGGCCGUCAUCUUCUGCAACACGCGCCGCAAGGUGGACUGGCUCACCGAGAACAUGCACAAGAAGGACUUCACCGUGUCGGCGAUGCACGGAGACAUGGAGCAGAGGGAGAGGGACGUUAUUAUGAGGCAGUUCAGGACGGGGUCUUCGAGAGUGCUGAUCACCACGGAUUUGCUGGCCAGAGGCAUCGACGUGCAGCAAGUUUCGUUAGUUAUUAAUUAUGAUUUGCCAUCCAACCGUGAAAACUACAUUCACAGGAUUGGUCGCGGUGGACGUUUCGGGCGUAAAGGCGUGGCGAUAAACUUUGUGACCGAGGAGGACAAGCGCACGCUGAAAGAUAUCGAACAAUUUUACAACACGAAGAUCGACGAGAUGCCAAUGAACGUGGCCGAUCUCAUCUAAACGCUUUGUGCCUGGUGGGUGCGUGUGAGCGGACGCUAGAGCAUCAUCAUUCUUAUAACUACCGUCGGCAUUUUGUGGGCGCCAAAUGUGGAAAUAAAGAUCAAAAUUCCGUUUUAACUAAAAUACAGUGGUUUUCGUUCUAUCAAACCCAUUGAUCCAAAUCCACCAUCCUUUUACAAAUAAACAAUAAUUUUUAUUAAAUUAUAUCCUAUUUUUUUAUUUAUUUACUUUCCGGUUAUUUUAAUUGAUGACUAACUUAUUUUUUAAACAAUCACUUGGUCAGUUUUCUUUCCAAUUUAAUUUUGACCCCUGCUUUUAGAUGUUGACAAAUUUUGUACAUUUCAAGUUUGAAUAAUAUGUUUUAAGACGUGUCAAAAAGUUAAAUUGUAAUUAUUUUUGUUAAUAAACGUUAUUCCAAAUA